AAACUGUUCAAUCGGACAACUAUGCAAAUUGAAUAAGAAGGUUUGUAAAAAACACGUCGAAGCGCAUUAUGACGCACAUAAACUUAGGCUUGUCGACAAACCUCCUUAGUGAAUUCGGGCCACGGAGUUAUAUCAAUAUUACUCUCGUCUAUUUUACAUGUCGUAUAUGUUACCCAGCAAUACAGAAGUGAAACACGAAUUUAUAUUUUGUUUAUCAUUUCAUCAUAGCCUACCAUGGGUCGUGUUCAUGAUAUUUUAACUUCUCCCAGUUUACCUUUGGUGGUGUGUACCUUCUUAAGGACAUCCGGUACUGUGGGUAUUAUGAAGACCAUUGGAAUUUACUUGGAAGAUAUCAACAAAAGUCUUGGAACGACAUCGACGGAUCUCGGAAUUGCUCUUGGUCUCCUCAAUGCAUUCUGCCACUUACCAGCUCCUUUCCUUGCUGCCCUCUAUCGUCACCAUUCGACUCGUCGUCUGCUCCUGAUAUCUGGUACAUGUCUCCCUCCAAUAGGCGUGGCUUUGACAUCCAUGGCAACCAGCAACGCCCAAAUGGCAAUUUAUCCGUCAAUUACCGGUCUUGGAUAUUGUAUGGUUAAUAUAUGUUGUAUCAUGACAUUGCACCGUGUUGCUAAGGAGAAUUACAACCUACUUUUCAGCCUUGGUUUGACUGGAUAUGGUGCCGGAAUGGUUCUGUUACCGCUCUUAGCUGAAUUCUUACGUCAAGCAUACGGUUGGAGAGGUGGACUGCUCAUCAUAAGCGCUCUGAUGGCACAUAUUAUCCCAGUUGGCAUGGCAAUUAAGUUGGAAUUAGAUGAGAGUAGCACACAGAGAAAUGGUUUUCAGAGUGUCCCAAGUUCUCUUAAGGGAGAAGAAUGCAACACCAGCACAAGUCAGGACAUAACAGAUGAAAACAGAGACGACAGCGGAAUUUUUCGUAGGAUCACCAACAGUCUUCGCCAAUCUGAUGUGUACGUGGAUCCUAUAUUUAUUUUGGUAUAUGGUGUUACCUUGGCGUCGCAUAUAGUUUGGAGUGGUUGGCACUCCUUUCUUGUACCUUAUGCUCUGCAGAGGGGAAUCUCGGUCCGGAACACCAUUAUCAUCACUUUCUCAGCUGCAAUAGGGAAUGCCUUAAGCAGGGUUGCUGUUGGUUCCCUUACCAACAGCCUCGUCAAACCUGUCGACCUCUUUCUCCUCGCUACAAUCUUGGACAUCGCCGCUCUUCUGUGCAAUGUGUAUUUCGUCAACUACUACGCUAUGUUGGUGACUACAUGUAUCUCCUCCGUGGCAAUAGCAGGGAAGGCGGUGUUGAGUCAGCUGAUCGUGAGGGAUAGAGCGUCUUCCCAAAAGUAUGAUGUCGCGUUUGCAGUCGACCAAUUUUUUAUCGGAUUCGGGAUGAUUCUUGGUGGCUAUUUGAGUGGGAUGACUGCGGAUCACUUCUCCUCCUACAACGCAACGUUUAAACUAUUAGCUUUCAUCGACGUCAUCGUUCUCCUCCUAAUAGUGGUCGUGAGAUGCAGACCGAAAGCAAUCCCGGUCUGAACAUGCUGUAUUGGAAGCGUCUUACAUUAUUAUAUCUUUUAUAGUGAGGUCUAAAAGCGAGUUCAGGAUUUGGCUUCUGUUUACAUUAUUAGCAAAAUAUUUUUUAACAAACCAUUUCUUUUCCUUUUUCAUAAAAGUAUUUGGAGCA